UAUAUUUACCCUGCUAGUGAAGUGCUGCGGGUUCACAACACCGCAGACGACAGCAACAGCCUGCCUACUUCUUGUAUCCGUGGUGAUACGUUAGGGUAAGGUCUGCAUUGGAAUAGCAGCCAUGGAAAGAAGCAUGAAUUUUGAUGAGAUUCUUUCUCAUAUUGGGGGCUUUGGCAAGUUCCAGAAGAGCCUGUAUGUGUGGAUUUGCCUCCCCCAGAUCCUGCUGGCGUUCCACAUGCUGAUAUCCAUAUUCACAGGGGCCGUCCCCCCUCAUCUCUGUCGCUCCACCAACACCACCUGGCCCUUGACCGCCAGCUCAGACCAUCCCAAUUUCAACUUCAGCCUGGUGACCAGCCCAGACAGUGACCCAGGCCGGUCCUGCUCUGCCCCUGGGGGGAUCCCUGGCACCCCGCUGGCCCAGCUGAAUCACAGCACUGCCCUGGCCCUUAGUGACAGCCACGCCACUGAGGGUUGCCAAGGGGGAUGGGAAUUCAGCAAGGAGACCUUCCACAGCACCGUGGCAACCGAGUGGGAUCUGGUGUGUGACCACGCCAAUCUAAACAAUGUUGGUUCCUCAAUCUACAUGUUUGGUCUUCUGGUUGGCGCUGUGCUGUUUGGUUUCUUAGCUGAUAAGUAUGGACGCAGGAACAUAAUCCUGGUUGGUUUGACUAUCCAGUCAACCUGUGGGGUCGGAGCUGCGUUUGCCCCAAAUUUCUACGUGUAUGUUUUCCUGCGCUUUGUUGUUGGAACCACUAUUUCUGCUGUCAUCAUGAACGCAUUUGUUUUAGGCACAGAGUGGACAGGAUCAAAGCACCGCAUGCUAGCUGGGAUCAUCACCGACUACUUCUUUGGGUUUGGCUACAUCAUCCUGGCAGGCCUGGCCUACCUCAUCCGAGACUGGCGUAAACUCCAGCUGGCCAUCUCAGCACCAGGCUUCCUCUUCAUCUUCUACAUUUGGGUCCUACCAAAGUCGGCUCGGUGGCUGAUGGCCAACCAGAGGUACGAGGAGGCCAUGGACCUGGUCAGGAAAGCAGCUCUGAUGAAUGGCAAACCCCUGCGGGAGGACAUAGAGAUAUGUCAGGGGUACAAAGACAUGGUGAAGAUAGAGGAGAGGACAAAGCACACAGUCAUUGACCUGGUCCGAACUCCAAAAAUGAGGAGGAGCUCAUUGAUCAUGUUUUACCUGUGGUUUGUCAACGUGCUGGUCUACUAUGGCCUGUCCCUCAACAUCUCUGACUUUGGGAUGAGCAUCUACCUGACCCAGCUGAUCUUUGGCCUGGUGGAGAUGCCUGCUCGCACCAUCACUCUCUUCACCCUCAACCGCUCCAGGAGGAUAUCCCAGAUAGCCUUCCUCGCUGUGGGAGGCCUAGCCUGCCUGCUCACUGUCUUCAUUCCCGAUGAUCUCUCCAUUAUUAGAACAAUCCUGGCCAUGGUGGGAAAGUUUGGGAUCACUGCCUCCCUGUCCAUAGUCUACGUCUAUUCAGCAGAGGUUUUCCCUACUGUCAUAAGGCAGAGUGGGAUCGGUAUGGGCUCCAUGUGUGCCCGGGCAGGGGGAGUCCUGGCCCCAAUCAUCUACCUGUUGAGGGGUGUCAGUAAGAAGGCUCCAAUGGUUCUGUUUGGCCUGUGUACUCUGCUAGGGGCAGCCCUCACCCUGCUGUUGCCUGAGACAGUCCACCAGCCCCUGGCUGACAACAUCCAGGAUGUGGAGGGAUCCAGCAUCAGUGAGGACUCAGAAGAAGGGAACAUGAAACCAGACCUCUAUGAUAAAUGUCCAACAAGGAACCCAGACAUCAUAAACGGAAGAACUUAGAGUGGGACAAGCCACCAGUCCGCACCGGAUGACUUCUACUCGGAAAGACCAUUAGCCCAAGGAACUCAACUGUGCAUUGUAAGCUAUCUGCUAAGAGCGCUUGAACAUAGUUGUAGCUCGUAAAGCUAUUUCCUAUUUCGUACAUCAGACAAUGAUGUCACUUAACUGACAUGUUUAUACAGUUUUGCUUUAUAUUGCAAAAAUGUUAUUUUUUUGUGAAAAGAUUUACAGUAUAUAGAUUUUUAUGGUGACUAUCAGUUCAUAUAUUGGUUGAUAAUGAAGUACAGUAGAAACAGUUCAUUUAUGCACCAAAUAUAAUUUCUUAGGUUCUGUAUACACUGAGUGUACAAAACAUUAGGAACACCUGCUCUUUCCAUGACAGACUGACCAGGUGAAUCCAGGUGAAAGCCGAUUUGAUGUCACCUGUUAAAACCACUUCAAUCGGUGUAGAUUAAGUGGAGGAGACAGGUCAAAGAAGGACUAUGAAGCUUUGAGACAAUUGAGACAUGGAUUGUGUAUGUGUGUCAUUCAGAGGUGAAUAGGCGAGACAAAAUAUUUCCGUGCCUUUGAACUGGGUAUGGUAGUAGGUGCCAUCCAGCCAAUUUGACACAACUGUGGGAAGCAUUGGACUCAACCUGGGCCAGCAUCCCCAUGGAACGCUUUUGACACCUUGGAGAGUCCAGGCCCUGACGAAUUAAGGAUGUUCUUAGGGGAAAAGCGGGAGCAAGUCAAUAUUAGGAUUAGGAUAUUAUAAUGUUUUGAACACUCAGUGUAUACUGUCAUGGACACACCUUUGUGUGGUUCGAAUAGCCUUGUGCUCUUUUUAUCCAAAUAUUUGCUGGUGCUUCCUGAACCGGAACUCACUCCCCCGUCCCUUCUCUGUCUGUUAUCUAGUAGGUCUUCCUGAGUGCCUGUCCUAUCAGUUUACACACCCCUACAGCACCGCUCAUACCUAACAGGUUCACCUUGAGAUGUGAACUCAGUUCCAGCCAGCAAAUGCCUUACUGUUCAUCAUGCAUUGUGAUUUCAUAUAAAGACCCAAGUGUCCACACUGUGAAAGAGCAGAGAGAACCAAUUAUGCAAAAUAUCACACAUAUAUGCAAGUUGAAUAGGGAACCAUUUUUUCUAUUUGAUAAUAAACGCUGUGAAUUUUGUAUUUGACACUCCUAA